AUGGUCCUGCUGCUGCAGGAGCCCCGCACGCCACCUCCUGACUUACCAUCCCUCCUUCUUGACAGCCGCAUCACUUACCUGGGCAUGCCGCUUGUACCAGCAGUGACGGAGCUGAUCAUUGCUGAGCUGCUCUACCUGCAGUACAAAGACCGGACAAAGCCAAUCUACCUGUACAUUAACUCCACAGGCACAACGCGUGCUGACGGUGAAACGGUGGGCUUUGAAACAGAAGGGACGGCAAUCUAUGACACCAUGCAGUUCGUGAAAAACGAGGUGCACACUGUUGGCGUGGGAGUUGCAAUGGGGCAGGCAUGCAUGCUGCUUUCAGCUGGGCACAAGGGCAAGCGUUUCAUGCUUCCUCAUGCAACAGCAAUGCUGCAGCAGCCUCGUGUACCGCCAACGGGACAGCGGCAGGCAAUUGAGAUCCAGAUCAAGUGGCGGGAAGUACUUGCUCAAAAGCAGGCGCUGCUGCGCAUACUGUCCAAGACAACAGGCCAUUCCGAGGAGAAGCUCGAUAAGGAUAUGCAGCGGCCACUCUACAUGCAGCCCCCAGAUGCCAUAGAGUAUGGCAUCAUUGAUGGGAUUGUGAGGCCGCAGACUGACAUCAUCGAUGACGUCAUGAACGCGGAUCAGUGGGACAAGCAGGCCGGUCUUGUUGCGCGAUGAAAGGCAUCUUGCUGGUAUUUGUUGAGUUGUGCGCACUCAAAACAACCAAGGAAGAGCCUUUGCACUGGGCACAUGGACUCUGAACUAAAUGUGAUGUCCAAUGCUUCCAUAUCGGCUGACAUGACACCACCUUUUGGAUUUGCCUUGUGAUAAAUAAAUUCACGAGGAAGGCUCGUUGUUUGGUUAAAACUGAGGAUUGUGUUGUCAAGUCUUCAGCUAUUU